AUGUAUGAUCAUCAAAAUGAAAGCCACAAUAGUCAAUAUUUGUCCCGCAGAAGGUAUGGUGUUGCCCCGGUGGUUGAUCGUCGAUGGUCGUCCAUGCCCGGAGUGGACAGGGCAUUUCCAUUCAAGAACAAGUCUGUCCCAGGAAGGACAUGGCAACCGGACCCUGGAGGACACAUUCCAUGCUGCUUUGCAACUGAAUAUCACUCCGUUCCCUUCAAGGUGAGCCCUGAAGCAGUCGACGACAUAUCCUCUCGCGUGGACCUUGCCCUGCCAUUCCAACCUCCUAUUUUAUCUUGUGCUUUGAUUGAAGAGGUUGAUAUUGUUCUCAGUGACCGAUAA